AUGAAGUACUCUACUUCGAGCGUCAUUGCCGCUGCCGGCUUCUUUGCUGUUGGCGUUGAUGCCUUCUGGCGCAUGGAGUGUCGAGCUCGUGUCGGUCUCGCUCGUGUUGACCCUCUCAUGAACUUUGGAACUCCUGCUACUCAUGUUCACGCCAUUCACGGCUCCAAUGGUUUCUCUCCCACUGCCAACUACGGUGACCUUGUUGCCGGCGACUGCACCUCCUGCGCCGUCACGCAGGAUAGAUCGGCCUACUGGCACCCUGCUCUUUACUUCCAGGACGCGAGCACUAAUGAGUUUGAGCUGGUUGACCAAGUUGGCGGAAUGCUUGCGUACUACCUUCUUAAUGACCAGGAUAUCAAAGCAUUCCCUGCAGGAUUCCGCAUGAUUGCUGGGGAUACCGACCGCCGCAAUUACACUGCCGGAGAUCCUUCCCAGCCCGACCCCCCGAAGUCGGCGUGGUCGACCCUUGGCCAGACCAAGCAGUCCGACCUUGAGCAGCGCGCCAUCGGCUUCAACUGCCUCAACUACGCUAGAGCCCCCGAGGGGACCCUGUACCGCCACGCCCUUCCCGACAAGGCUUUUCUCGAUGCCAACUGCGCAGACGGUGUCCGUUUCGAGAUGAUGUUCCCUUCUUGCUGGAACGGCAAGGACGUUGAUUCGCCAGACCAUAAGUCCCACAUGGCAUACCCCGACCUCGUCAUGACCGGUACCUGCCCUGAUGGAUUCGAGACUUCGGUCCCCAACCUUUUGUACGAGGUCAUCUGGGACACCGCCGCGUACAAAAGCCGUAACGGCCGCUUUGUCAUCGCAAACGGUGAUCUCCAGGGCUUCGGAUACCACGCCGAUUUCAUGUCUGGUUGGGAUGAAGACUUCCUUCAGUCGGCCGUUAACACCUGCACUAACCUCUCUGGCCGCAUCGAGGACUGCCCCCUCUUCAACAUUCAGUCCGAUGACAAAGCAGCGCAGUGUCAAAUGAAAGUCCCCAGCGUCCUAUCUCUGGAGAAUGUCACCGGCCCGGUCACGAGCCUGCCCGGCAACGUCAUCAUUACGGGCGACCCUUCCACCGAGGGCGGGCCUGCACCCGUCAUUCCCUCCCCUAGUUCGUCUUCUUCAGCUCCCGCUGCUCCCCCGGCUCUCAGCUACAAGCCGGGCAAGACCGCCUCCGCCAACCCUGUGCCCGGUGAAGUCUUGAAGGCCAUGCCUACGUCUGCGUCUACUCCGGUCCCGAUCAUCCAGGAAGUCACGCCCACUCCUACCAGUUCCCCGCAGCCGAGCAUGUCUUUUGCGUCCAUCCAGACGAUCACCAACGGCAAUGUCGUGUCUGUCAUCUACUGGGAAGAGGACGUUGUGUACGUGACCAUGUACGACGACAUCACCUCAACCACAACGGUUACGCCGACUCCGACGCCCGUGCUGCGCGCUAAGCGUCACCUUCAUCAGCACCGUCACCACUUGUAG